AUGGAAUCAGAUACACAAAAUCCACUUGAACUCUUUCGUGAAUAUAAUUUACACAAAAAAUCUAUUCAACUUCUUGAUUCAAACCAUAAUCCAGUUACCAAUAUUAAAGAUGCCGCUUUUAUACAAUUUGAUCAAAAUGUUUUUCCGAAAGAUAUGACUACAACCUUUAUGAAUUUUGCCUCAGCAGAAUAUUAUAAACUUGAUAUCCUUUAUCAUGGCCUGAUCACUAAAAAAUAUCAAUUUGACAAGUACAAUGAAGACAUAUCCAGCAUUCAACUUUCAGGUCGUUUAACUUACAUUGACCGUCAGAAAUGGGUAAACUAUUUAAAUGGUCACUCUGCCUCUUUAAAUGAUAAAGAUAUGCGUAGAGAAUCUCAUUCAAGACAUGCUGAAAAACGUCGAAUUACUGAUGACGGAGAAAAAUCUAACAGAAGAAAAAAACAAAAAAACAUAUCGAAAGAUUCGGAUUGGUUUGACCAAACUUUUAAACCUGCUACAUAUGAUAUGAUGUAUUCUUACUCUUCCUCUGACAGCGAUUCAGAAUAUUAUGAGGAAGACGAAAUAAUUGAUUUGGAAGAAGAAUCUGGUGUAGCUAAUGAAGAAUCUGCUGCAAUAAGUAACGUUGAUAAAUUUUUGAGAAUGGCUGAUGAAGUCUUUUUAAAAGGAAAAAGUCACGAUAUAAGUUUACAUGACAAUAGAAAUUCACAUUCUAUUCCUAGAGCAGCAAAUCGUUCUAUGCAAAAAUCCUUUGAUAAAAACUUAUUGGUCCCAUUGAUACUUGUUCCAUCUGCUCCCAGUUCUUUUAUAAAUAUGCUUAAUGUAAAAGAUUUACUUCAGGAUGUAAGAUUUAUUCCUUCAAAUGAAGCUAAGAAUAGUGGUAAACGUAAGGAAUCAAUUUUACAUAUAACAUAUAAUAAUAGGCAUUAUGAACUUACAGACAAUACUGCUAAAUUUGGAGAAUCUGAUUGGUUUAUUCAUAGAAGUUCGAGACAUAAGGAUCCAGAGGCUUAUACUCAAUUCUGGCAAAUUGUUGAAAAACUUCGAUAA